GUCCAAACAUGAAAGAUGGCGUGCAUUAUCAGAUCAAACCAACCCCAGACCCUAUGACGCCAUAGCCGAUGGGACGGCGCCCCGCAUCUACUCCCGUGCCCCCCUCCCGCCGCUGCGGGGUGCCCCCGCUCCCGCCUUGCCGGGACCGAGGCCGGGAUGGCACGCUGGUGCCGUUCUCUUGCAGCCAUUUAUUCGAUUGGGAAUUCGAAUUCGACAUUUAAGCCACAUUCACGACAUCGGAGAUAACCUGGUACUACCUACAGUGAGCGCUUAUAAAACCCUCUUCAUCACCACCGAGACCACCCUCACAAACUCACAUAUACCUCAUAGCGUCCUACACCAAAAUGAACUCCAUCGAAGCCUCCCACGCCCCCGACGCCUCAGGCGCAACCCCCAAACAGCUCGACCACAUCCCCAACCUCAGGCUCAGCGACGGCAACGAAAUCCCCUUUCUCGGCUACGGCCUCGGCACCGCAAACUUCAAACGCGGCGACAAGUCCAAGUUCAACGAAGAUGUCGUCGCCGCCACCGUCACCGCCCUCAAGGCAGGGUACACCCACCUCGACGGCGCAGAAGCCUACAGCAACGAAAAAGAACUCGGCACCGCCAUCCAAACCUCCGGCAUCCCCCGCUCAACCCUCUUCAUCACGACCAAAACCUCGUGCCGCCAAGGCGAAACAAUCCAACAAGCCUUUGACCGCUCCCUCUCCAACCUUUCCCUCGAUUACGUAGACCUCUACCUGAUCCACUCCCCUUUCUUCGGCUCCCCUCUCUCCUCUCCUGAAGCCCUCCAGUCGGCUUGGGCAGAAAUGGAAGCGAUCAAAGACUCGGGCCGCGCCAAAUCAAUCGGCGUCUCCAACUUCCUCCCUCACCACCUGGAAUCAAUCCUCUCAACAGCCAAGCACCCCCCAGUGAUCAACCAGGUCGAAUACCACCCCUACCUCCAGCACGAAGAUGAUUUUGUCGAUUUCCACAGGAGGCAUAAUAUCGCCUUGGCGGCAUACGCCCCGCUGACGCCGAUCACUAAAGCCCGGGGCGGCCCGGUGGAUCAAGUCUAUGAACGACUGGCAAACAAAUACGGAGUGGGGGAGGGGGAGGUAGGGCUGAGGUGGGUGUUGGAUCAGGGGAUUGUCGCAUUGACAACGAGCAAAAGGGAGGAGAGACUGAAGGGGUGGUUGAGUAAGCUGCCGAAAUUCAAACUCACUCCCAGAGAGGUGAAAGAGAUAAGCGAGGCGGGGAAAGGGAGGCACUACAGGGGUUUUUGGAAUAAUAGGUUUGAGGAGGGCGAUAGGCGGUAGGGGGUGGUUGGGGAAAGAAAUUGUGUACAAAAGACCAUGUUCGUGAAAGAAUCAAUGGAAAAG